CACACACACACACACACACACACACACACACACACACACACACACACACACACUGUACCUGUACACGUUCAUUUCACCAACACUUGCCCCUUUGUUCACCACAACAAGACCAACACCGACACCAAUGAUGACGACGACGAUGCGUGUCCUUGCACUCCGCAUGACGGCGUCGCGCUUGGCCACUGCCCGACGAAGCCUGGCCGCGCUCACUCGAGCAACAGCAGUCGCACGCACUGCCACUGCCACUGCUGCCACUGCUGCUCGGGCACCAUGCUUGCAGCAGCGGUGGCUGUGCGUGCGCGAUGGGGCGCAGCGACACAGGGACGACGAUGACGAUGCUGCAUCAUGCGGUGGCGCACACGAGCACCUGCACACGAGCAGCACGCAGCUGCGGGCCAUUGGCUUGGAUGCCAUGAAACACUGCGUCGGUGCCCACGACACCUUCAUCAUGGACGUGCGCGAGCCGUCUGAGUUUGAGCAAGGCCACAUCCCGACGGCCGUGAACGUGCCGCUCAACACGCUGCUCAACUCGGACGUGGACGCCAGCGACCCCGAGGACGCGUGGGUUGGCGGCGUGCACCUGCCGACAUCAGACCAGAAGGUGGUCGUCUACUGCAAAGCGGGCGUGCGCUCGCAUCUGGCCCAGGUGUAUCUCGCCUCCAAGGGGUGGAAGAACUGCUCCAACUACGUUGGUAGCUGGCUGCAGUGGUCACAAGACCCGGAGACGCAGAAGGUGGUUGCAGCGCCCUCAUCUUCCAGCACCGCUGGUGCACCACCAGCAGCAACCGCAUCCUCACGCCAAGGUCGCACGCAGGGCGAUGCAGUGAACGUGCAUCUGUUUGAUGACCUCGUCGUGCGAAAGCCGCUCAAGUGGACCAACAUGCCGGUUGUCGACCACUUCAGCGCCGACCAGUGGGACGCCCUUCAUGCCCUGCCGCUCCUCACCGUGCCGGCCUCCACCCAGCCCACGGACACCCUGCACCCGAAGGCAGAUGCCUUCCUCCUCAUGCGCAAGCUGGACGCCAGCGCCACUGCCGGCACAAGUGCUGGGCGCGCACCGAGCAAGGAGGCGGCAGCCAUGGGAUAUGAGCUGUACUUUGUGGACACGGCUGGCUACGACACGGCGCGCUACGCCUUCCGUAUUGGCUCUCGCACCGCCAGCGCGCUCGUCGCAGACCGCUUGUAAUGCGACCCCCCCCCCCCAACCUGGCCUGACCAACGAAGCUGUUUGAGGGGGCGUGGGUGGCGAGGCGGAGUGGGGAACGUGUGGAGGACGUGGGAAGGUGUGGUGCGACGCUGCUUGUGGCGUCAGCUGUUACGUAAUGGUGUGAACAGCGCGUGUUGCAUGCUGUUGCCGCCCUGUUUUGUGUGUUCCACCCUUGCUUGCGUGAUUGCGCGCUGGUCAUCAUGCACACAUGUGUGCGUGUGCGUGUGUGUGUGUGUGUGUGAAAUGAUGCCUUGUCCGUGUUUGUUGCAUUGUUACAUGUGUUUCUUCACCUGCUUACAUUAUGUGUUACAACGAAGCACAAGGUGCACUUGCCCACGUUAGUGUCUGUCGUUACAAUGUGGGGUUCCGCAGUGGUGGAGUGUGCACUGCAGGGGCUCUGAGUGCUGCUGCCCAAAUGAUGUGAUUCACUUAUGGACUGGUUCGUGUGUAUGCUCGUGUGGAUGAAUGCAUUUGCACUUCUGAUGAUACACACCAUAGUCCAAG